AUGUCUACUGCUAAAGAGCGUCUCGUUCUUUUGAUUCCUCCUACUGUGGUCGAAACAGGAUUGAUCAUUUUCUUUCGUAUGACUUCGGAGCGACCAGCUACUAUAUUUCUCUACGCGCUCGGUAUCAACUUUGUGUUGAUGGCAAUAUGGAACAUCUUCAUUUGGCCAUUCUUUGUCAACCCUCUUCGACACUUGCCAACAGUUCAUGGUCCCCUAAUUGGAGCCAAAGUCUUCUUGCGCCAACCUCGUGGAAGUAUCAUGAUUGACUGGCUGCGAACUAUUCCUAAUGAAGGUUUAAUACAUUUCAGAGAGGCUUUGAAUUAUAGCUUUGUGGUCGCUACCAACCACAGGGCUCUCAUGGAUGUCCUCCAUACAAACAGUUACGAUUUUGUCAAGCCGCCAGGUGGACGAGAGUUCUUGGCUCGUGGUCUCGGAUAUGGACUCAUCCUCUCUGAGGGCGAUGCUCAUCGAGCUGCUCGCAAAGCCGUAACACCUGCUUUUAAUAUCAAGAAUAUUCGAGCUAUGUAUCCUCUGAUGUGGUCCAAAACACAGCAUCUGCUUCGUCAGUUACAAAGGGAGAUCGAUCUUCAUCCUGUGCCCGGGAGGAAGGAGGGUCAAUCUGCUGGAGUUGUGGAAAUCCAAGGAUGGGCCAACCGAUUGACAUUGGACAUCAUUGGACCUGCUGCAAUCGGACGAGACUUCCAGUCGCUGGAAAACGAAAACGACCCGGUCUCGCAAAACUUCAACGCCAUUCUCAAGCCAUCUUUAGACCUCUUGAUGCUAUUUGCAGUCUCAAUCAUUCUACCUCAGUGGUUCGUGAAGCGUAUCCCAUGCAAUGCCAAUUCCGUCCUGCCGCAAAAGGUCCAGUAUCUGCGAAACCUCUUUGCCGACAUCCUUCACGAGAAGCGGGAGCAGAUUACCCGAGAGAAGACACAGCAAGAAGCUGCCGAAGGUGAUAUUUUGGGCACCAUGAUGCGGGGUGGAGAGUUUACUGAUAGUGAAUUGGUGGAUCAAAUGUUGACGUUCCUCGCGGCCGGGCAUGAAACCACAGCAGGUGCACUCACCUGGUGCUGCUACCAUCUCUGCAUCGAGCCAGAUAUUCAAGAGAAGCUACGCUCAGAGAUAUAUGCAACCAUCCCCUCCCCAAACGCCUCCGUAUCCUGGCAAGACCUCGAGGGAAUGCCCUACCUCAACGGCGUCUGUCAAGAAGUUCUGCGCCUAUACCCAACAGUGCCCAUGACCGGCCGUGAGGCCAUUCGUGAGACCACCAUUGCCGGAAAGAAAAUCCCCAAGGGCACAACAAUCGCACUCUGCCCACAAGCCAUCAACCGUAACCCGGAAUUCUGGGGUGAGACGGCGGACCAGUUCCUUCCCGAGCGAUGGAUUGAUACGGACGAGAAGACAGGAAAGCAGACGCCGAAUAAGCAUGGUGGUGCAUCUACCAAUUUUGCGCAGAUUACGUUCCUUCAUGGGCCACGGGCUUGUAUUGGCAAGGACUUUGCUAAAGCCGAGUUCCGAUGUGCCGUUGCGGGGCUGUUUGGGAUGUUCCGUUUUCAGCUGAAGGAGCCAGGCCAGAAGAUUACUUUUGGGGGGACUUUGACGACUCAGCCUAUUGAGGGGAUGCAUUUGAAGUUGACCAAAUUAGAGGGAUGGGAUUUGUAA